AUGCAGAAUCUAACUGAAUUUUCUCUCAAUGCAACUUCCCUAAAAACCCUCUCUAUAAUCAUCAAGGUGUGUGUGGUCAUCCCCUCCUUCUUUUUCUUUCUCUGCUGUAUUGUUGUCAUGCUGCACAUCUUUGCGUCGCAUAGACAGUUCCUGGACACCUCACGUUACAUCCUGUUUGCCUACAUGCUUAUCAACGACACCCUGCAGAUUGUGUCCUCUGUGCUGCUCUUCCUCUUUGUUAUGGGUAAGGUGAAAUUUGCCAUUGUCUACUGUAUGCCUCUGCUCUUCAUAUCCACUGCCACGUUCCACAAUACACCUUUAAUCCUGGCCACAAUGUCACUGGAGCGUUACGUGGCCAUCUUCUACCCCCUACAGCGCCCGGCUGCCUGGCACUCGAACCGUAUCUGGAUCAUUAUUCUGUUUGUGUGGUUCAUCAGCUGCAUCCUCCCCGUUAUUGAGUACAGCAUCGGGGAAAGAGAUCCCACAGUGGAUGCCCUUUCCACUCCUGUGAUUUGUAAAAAUUCGGAGGUCAACCCAUCCCCAAUCCAGACCUUUUUCAAAGCUGUUGUAAGUGUGCUAUUCUUUGCAGUAGUGGCUGUUAUAAUCAUCUUCACCUAUGUGAGAAUCCUGCUGGAGACCAGGAAGAUGAGGCAGGACAGGGUGUCUGUGAACAAAGCCAUGCACACAGUGCUGCUGCACGGUUUUCAGCUGCUGCUCUGCAUGUUGGCCUUCACUCACCCCAUCACUGAAACUUUAGUACUGAACAGCAGCUGGUCUGCAGAAGACGUGGCCUUUUUCAAUUACUUCUGUUUCAUGCUGAUCCCGCGCUUUCUCAGUCCGCUCAUCUACGGCUUCAGAGAUCAGAGUCUCAGGGGCUACAUUGGAAAAGCAUUCCUCUGCUGCUCGAACAAAGUCAAACCCCGUCUGCCUCUUUAA